CGGUUGUAGGGGGUUGGAGUAAAUUAUGUAAUACAAGCAAGAAACAUUCAUUCUCUGGAGAAAAAGUGAAUACCUAAACAACUUUUAUUUUUGUUGUAGUUAGUGACUUUAAAGGCAUACCGAAUGAGGACGUUGGGGUUGCAUUACUACAUUCCGAGGUUUUACAGAGGCACUGAUUGGGGAUUAAAAGGCAUACACUUACGACAGUAUGUCACAAAACAUCGCCAUACACGAAACACUUUUUAUUAUGAAGUGCUAGGUGUCCAGUCUAGCGCCAGUCAAACCCAAAUCAAGAAAGCUUACAUUGACCUGACCAAAAUACAUCACCCUGAUGUAAGCGACAGUGAAGAGUCUAGAAAGCAGUUUCAGUUGGUAUCUGAUGCAUACACCAUUUUAGGAAAUGUCCAUUCACGGAGAAUGUAUGACCGGGGUUUGAUUUCAGGAACUCAUCAUUCCUAUGGUCAAAAGCAAUCCCAGGCAGAAGAAGAAGAGGAAUUCGACCCAUUUAAAGUACCCCCUAAACCUGUUAAAACUGAUUUAGACAAAGUAACAAUGAAAGGUUACAAAGAAAUAACAGAUCAGAGGAUGACAGAAGCACGUUUAAAAGCUUUCUACAAGGAAAAAUUUGAAAAACAGCAAAAGAACAUUUAUCAACAGUCAAAUAAGAGUGCUGAACAUUACCGAGAGACCACUGGUGUGUUUCUAUUAUUGGCUGUGUCAGCAGGCUUACUAUACAAUUUUCAAAAAUACAUGCAAUCUUCUGGUCAACAAGGAAAUAAAAAGAAGACAAUAGACUGAUAUACAUGCAUAGUAAAUUAUCUUCAGCAUUGUGUGUUUCAGCUCUGGAAUUUUAUUUUCGCACAAAAUCAGUUCAUAUUUGCUUCACAGACUAAAGAAGCGACAUGUGAUAUCCUAUUGAACAUAUUCCAGACAGAACAGGUCGAAUGAAGACAGCUAAAAGUAACACUUAAUAGUUGUAGUGUCAAUAUUAAUUCAUGAAUCAGUAAAUUAUGCUAAUGGUCAUGGUGAUGGUUAUUGGUAUGGAAAGAUUUUAAUGGUGAGAAAGGUAUCAGGAAAUGAUGAAUGAGUUUAGCUUAUUUACAAGUUGAAUUUAUGUAAAUGUUUGCUGAUUUUUUAAAUUAUAUUUGUUAAAUACAAAUAAAAAUAAUUGAGUAUAGAAUA